AUGGACCGGAUAAGGAAGGCGCGUACUCCCGUCAGAGCAAGCAUCACGAAGGUAGUGAACGAGCUGGACGCAGAGAGGACCAAGGCCGCACCGGACAAAGAUACGCUCGAGAUCAAAUUAAUCAAAUUGAAUAAGCUAGUGGAGGAGGUGGAGGAGCUAGACCAGAAGAUGAAAGAUCAACAUCUGGAUGGGAAUCUUGACGAUAAAGAAUAUGCAGCGGAACUUACCACAGUAGAAGAUUACUACGACAAAGUGUUAGUUAUUCGGCAUAAAGUGAGCAAGAUCAUUUCCCCCUCAAGCCCCAGUCCAUCCACGCGCAGUUCGGAUUCGAGUGACAACCACAAGAAGAAUUACAAGUUACCAAAGAUAGAGCUGAUCAAAUUCGAUGGUGAACUUAAAAAUUGGCUUGAGUGGUGGGCACAAUUCGAGAAAAUUCAUGUGGAUUCAGACUUACACACCACAGACAAGUUUCACUAUUUGACCCAAUCAAUGGUGAGUGGGACUCGUGCUGCCGAUGUUGUAAAGAGUUAUCCAAAAACUGAAGAGAAUUACCAAAAAGCUGUGGAUGCUCUCAGGGAGCGCUUUGGCAAAGAAGACUUGCUGGUGGAUUUGUAUGCAAGAGAGUUGGUGGAUAUCUUAACAAAGCGAGAGAAGUUACCAUUAUCAAAAUUGUAUGACAGUCUGCAGACACAGUUACAGGCCUUGGCAUCGUUGGGAGUUAAGUCAGAGAGGGACACAUUGUUCUUGCGACCCAUGAUCGAGACAUGUGUUCCGAAAGAAAUCUUGACAGCUUGGUACCGCUCAACAUUGUAUGAUGAAGAUUUAUCUACUUCUGAUCCUCCGAAAACCAAGUUGGAUAAUCUGAUGCAGUUCCUCCGUCAAGAAGUCGAGCGAGAAGGAAAACUGAAGAUGGUUUACGGGCAGAAGGUCAGAAGCAAGGACUUCAAGAAAAAGGAUUCACUGUACGGAGAUGCGCCCCAAGAGGACGUCGCUACCGCUGCUGGUCUAUCGUCAACAAGUAAAAUUGGAUGCGUAUUCUGCGACAAGAUUAAUCACAUGAGUCAAGAUUGUUUCAAGGCACGGACCAUGACCAUGGAGCAGAGAAAUGAUAAGCUCAAAGAGAAGAAAGUUUGUUUCCGGUGCUUGAAAUCUGGACAUAUUUCAAAGAAAUGUAGUGCAACUGUGAAAUGUGGUGGUUGUGGGAAUAGGCAUCAUCUCAUCAUGUGUCGUGGAGGUGACAAGACUGAACGUCAGCCUGAGCAACCAGAUAGCUCCGUCGUCCGUCAUAAUAAUUUUGCAAGAAGCAACGAUGUGCUCCUGAAAGUUGUGGUGGUGCGGGCGAUGGGCGCAAGAGGAUCUCGAACUGUGAGAAUGUUGAUUGACGAAGGAAGUCAAGUCAGCUACGUCGGAACGAAAACAGUGAAGGUUACCGGCUCAAAGUCGACUGGUGUCGAACAU